AUGCUGAGUCGUGCAGUUUUACCUCUGACGAGGUCAAAUGUCCUCGCCUCUACCGUUCGCGCAUCAGCUUUGACAGCGCGGCCAUCCCCGUACGCUGCGUACAAGCUUUCCCCGGGUAUUCAGCAACGAGCCAAGUCAACUGAAUCGAAGAAGACCAAUGCCCCUAAAGAGCCAAAGGAGUUUGCCGCAGAGCAGCCCGAGUUCGACACAAAAGCUGAACCCAAUGCUGCCGAACCCUCCAACACAAUUCCCCAGAGACCUCUACCUGACCUGACGCAAGGUAUCCCCUCAACUUUGGCCGCCGAAUUAGAGGGUCGGAUGAAGAAGGGACCAUUGAAUCUCACAGAAGAUCCUACCCAGUCAGAACAAUACAGCGAGGAGGGUCAAGGAGGUGGUGACAUCCCCAAGGGAGGAUAUGAGACGUCUCUCGACCGCCGCAAGGCCCGCAUGGCCAACUUCAUGUAUGCCGGUAUGCUACUUGCCGGUAUCGCCGGAGUGGGUUACCUGGGCCGCAGCUGGGACACUGAGGAAGAGAACCAAGCUCACCCCGAGACCCCAUCUGGAUGGGGUCUUGGUCUUUGGUACAGCCGUGCAAAGGCCCGCAUGAACGACCUCACCAGCUACUACAAGGACCCCGCUUUCCCUAAGCUGCUUCCGGACGAGGACCUUGAAAUGCGCCAGCCCUAUACACUGGUUCUCAGUCUCGAGGAUCUCCUUGUUCACAGCGAAUGGAGCCGUGAGCACGGAUGGCGCGUUGCUAAGCGACCUGGUGUCGACUACUUCCUUCGUUACCUCAACCAGUACUACGAGCUUGUUCUCUUCACCAGUGUGCCCAGCAUGAUGGCUGACCAAGUCCUCCGCAAACUUGACCCUUACCGUAUCAUCCGCUGGCCCUUGUUCCGCGAGGCCACUCGUUAUAAAGACGGAGAGUAUAUCAAGGAUUUGGAUUACCUGAACCGUGACCUGUCUAAGGUUAUCUUGGUUGACACCAAGGAGGAGCACGCUCGCCACCAACCCGAGAACGCCAUCAUCCUGGACAAGUGGACCGGUGAUCCUAAGGAUAAGACGCUGGUCGCCCUCAUUCCCUUCCUUGAAUACCUCGCUGGCAUGGGUGUCGAGGAUGUCCGUACCGUGAUCAAGUCCUUCGAUGGCACUUCUAUUCCCGUUGAAUUCGCCAAGCGCGAGAAGGCUAUGCGUGAUCGAUUCGAGAAGGAACUGGCCGAGGAGCAGAAGAAGAAGCCCUCGCGCGGCAUUGGUAACUUUGCCUCCGCUCUUGGCCUGAAGUCUUCUUCCACUCUCAACGGUGACCAGACACCCUCUGAGGGCUUGGCCCAAGGCAAGAUGCUUUGGGACCAGAUCCGCGAGCGUGGCCAGAAGAACUACGAGAUGGUUGACAGCGAGAUCCGUAUCAAUGGCGAGAAGUGGCUCGCCGAGAUGGCCGCUGAAGAGGAGAAGGCCCGCCAAGAACAGAUGCAGAGUAUGAAGGGCUCUUUCACUGGCAUGUUCGGCAUUGGUGGUGGCUCCAAGGAGCAGUAA